AUGUCGCAAGGAUCGAUUAUAUUCACCGGUGCACCGUACCAUAUCCUGGCAUAUGGGUCUCUAUUUGGGACAACGGUCUGGACAAUCAUCCAAUUCAAGACACUCCCUGUCCUUCAGUUCUCAGAUCUACAAACAAACACCUUCCCGUGGUACUUUGGCUUGCAGACUACGCUACCCGUCGUCCUUGCCGCGACUUUACCUGGGAGACCUUUUGGACCCGCCGGCGGCGUGCAGGGACUGUUCGACCCAGCCAAUAGGUGGGGGACUCUCCUCCCCCUCGCCACCGUCUUCAUCACCGGGCUCGCCAAUUGGGUUGUCCUCUUGCCAGCGUCAGUGGCUUGCAUCGCGGAGAGGAGGAAGCAGGAAGAGAAAGAUGGCAAGAGAAGCUGGGACCCAAAGCCACACAGCCAAGAGAUGACUGCGCUGAACAAGAAGUUCGGCAUGCUUCACGGCAUCUCCUCGCUGCUCAAUGUGGUCAAUUUUGCGGCCUCAGUGGUUUACGGGUUUACUCUUGCGGAGAGGAUUCACUGA